UACAAAAUUUUGAAUACUGAAAUUACAAAAAUUAUAGAAUGACACAUUAAAAUAUUCAAAAUACUGAAAUAAAAUUGAUUAAUGUUGAUAAAAAGAUGUAACUCGCCCGCACAACGUGCGGGUUCAAUGCUAGUUAAACUUAGAGGAUUGUUUGAAAAGCACGUACUAUGGAAUACAUAGAAUUUUAGAACUCAAUGUCUGUAAUGGUCGGGAUUGUAAGAAUUGAUGCAAUGCAUGAGAAUGAUGUUAUAUUGGUAUUGAGUCUCAGAUAAUUUUGUGUAUGAAUUGUUAGAUGCUUUGGGUUCAAUGCACAUUAUGUUUUUACCAAUAUGAAACUAGAAAACAACAGUACAAUGUAUAUAAAAAAAAACAUAUGUUUUGAAAAUCAGAAAAUUGUUUAUGUAGUUGACUGACUCGAUUCCCCAAACGUUAUUAUGAAUAAUUUUUUCCUUGAUUCCUCUUAAAAAAUAAAAAAAAUCUAAAGAAUCAUGAAAUAUCUAUUCCGUUCUUUUUUCGCCUAACAAAUGGUCGUAACUUCAUCUAAUUUCGAAUCCUAUGGAAAAGCCCACAUAAUUUUCUUGUUCUGCCCUAAUAAUUUAGCUUGGAUGAAGGCAUGGAAAUUGAAUCCAGGAUUCUCUCCCCUGACCUCCUUGGAUUCCUGAAUUCCAGCCGCCAUAUUUGGACAAGUAUAUUAAUUGAGCAUGAGUAAUAAUGUUAGUGACGUGCUGCUCACUUCACUUGUAACUUGAUAAUAUUUUUAAUUCUACUAAGAAUAUUAUACAUAUUUUCUUUUUUACUAGACAUGGAAUGACAACAGACUAUAAGCUUAGCCUAAUCUAGUCAUUAAUGUUAAAAUGUCUAUUGUUUGUUAUUUUGCUCAUGAUGAUGAUGAUUGAGUUUGUCUCAAACCACACAAGUUCCAAUCAGUUUUUCACCCCAAAUAGCAAAUUCCUCCUAGAAGUAAGUUGGGGACAAUUAUGGGAAAGGUCACCAUUAAGAUUGAUAAAUAGUUAUCAAUGAAUUUGUGAAAUAAUAAAGUUAUAAUCAACAAUUAUUUGUUCACCGAUAUUUGAAUAGAUUGGGGCUAUACAAUCCUCAAUAAGUGACAUUUUAUUAUAUUUUUCCGUCUAUGUAAGAAAGCUUUGUUCUCCUUGCAAUGCGAAAAAAUGGGUAGAUGUUAGUCUUAUUUUUACGAAUUUCAAAUAAUUUAACUUUCCAUCGAGAUAUUGUUGAGGUUAUCAAAAUUUGAGUUUCAUCGUUCCUAUACGAGAUUUAAGGUUAAGGGGACAAUUGUAGUUGUUGAUAGGGUGUCGUCGUGAUGUGACAAUUGUAGUUAGGAUUAUAGUUGUAUCAUGUAUGUGUUGAUUAGAGCGUCGUUGUUCUGGUUGUAUUUGUCAAUUUAGGGCUGUAGUUGUAGAUGUCGAUUAGGAUGUCGUUAUUGUAAUUGUAGUUGUCGAGUAGGGUGUCAUUGUUGUAGUUAUCGUAGUAGAGUAAGAUGUCAUUGUUGCGUUUUUAGUUCUCGAUUAGGGCAUUGUUUUAUUAGUUCGAGUAGGAUGUCAUUGUUAUAGUUUCAGUAGCCGAUUAGAGUGUCGUUGUUGUAGAUUAGCAACAUUCUCGAGCUAGUGCCGACACCGAUUCAGCCGCCUUGUGAUGCACUCACUUACGAGGACUUUACCCGGAUGACGAAUCAGAUCUGGAAACAAUUACUGUAGUUGUUGAUUUAUAUACGGAAACUAAUAUCUCGUCCUCCACCGUUACCAUUUAAGUUUACUCGAGAGAGAGAGAGUCGAGAGACAAGAAUCCCAACGGGAGAGAGACGCCAACGAGGUAAAAAAAAAAAGAGAAGAAAAUUUUGAAGAAAUAUGAAAGUUUGAUUUUCCAAAGAAAACGAUUCACAUGUAACCAAAUAAUAGUUUUUCUAUAAAAUUCGUAUUUUACACUUUAUGCCGUUAUAGUUAGCAUGACGCUAACCUGUCUAUAAUUAAUACAGUAUCCGUCCCACACAUGUUGCUAGUUAAAGAACAACAAGCAACCAAACGCGACAGUCGACAAAUAGUCGAACUGUCGAUGAAAUGGCCUUUUGAGCCAUUAAAUGGGCAUGCCCUGUUGUACCUGCUGAAGAGUAAAACAACUAGAGAAAGUAGUAAAAGCAAAUUACCACCAACAAAAAAUCCUUCUAGAACAGCACCACACGACACGAGGCACGAGAUAAAAUCCUUCUCUUCGAACUCGGCACACCAAGGCUUGACAAUCGCCACAGAAAUUCGUAGCAGUUAAAACCAUGCACUAUAAAAAAAGUAAUUUUAAGUACAAUACAUUAAGCAUCUCCCAACAAUUAUCGAAACCAAUUGAUUUAUAACAUGCAUUAAACCCAAUUAAUUGCAUCUCUUUAAAAGGCCAAAAGAAGAGACCCUCAAAAAAUCCCAAGGAGCUUCACCUGCAAAACUAAGUCAUUAAAACCAGCAAAUGCGAAUAGAAAUAGGGAAAACAAAAUAGAACAUAUCAUUAGCUGCAACGCGUGACAGAAGCAGCUGGCCUCCGCCCAAUAUCCCCACCGCUGCAUCAUUUCAAAAAGAAUAAGGAUAAGCAUAAUAGUAAACACAAAAAUAAAUUAAAAUAAAAAAUAAAAUAAGGAAUCGGGCAGCGGGCAGCGGGCAAGCAAGCGGCAACCGACGCUGCCCCAUCGCUCACACACGUUGCUACUUGCUGCCCUUCUUAUUCUUACAGCUGCCUGCCUAUAUACCUUCCCUCUCCUCCCAGCACCGAAAAGAAAGAAAAUGAACUUGUAGCAAAAUUCUUUUGCUCCCUCUUCUCUCUGCUUCCCACCUCUUCUUUCUAGAGGAAGCACCCAGUACAAAAAAAGCAUCUCCUCUAGCUGCCUCCACCGCAUUGUGGUUCUUGUAACUAUUAUCCAUCAUAGCUGUUCAUCCUCCACUGCACGCCCUUUUUCCCAGUCGGUGGAAUAGGGUUCAUGGAUCUGCUGCUUGCUUCAUUCCUCAAAUGGGUUUCAUUCUUUUCCUAGUUUUGGGAUCUGGGUUGUGAAGAGUUUCACGUUUUCCUUCUUGGGGUUUUCUGGGUACUGCUCGGUUUUUUAAAUUUAUUUCUUGAAUUGGUUAAAAAAGGACUGUGAGUGAGUGAGCGAGUGAGUGAGCGAGUAGGGAAGUAGAAAGAGGGGGGGAAAGCCCAGAAAAUGGCUCCAAGGUUAGAUUUUUCGGUGCUGAUGGGGAAGGAGAGCAAGAGGGGAGGAGGAACUCCGGUGGUGGUGAAAAUGGAGAACCCAAACUACUCGCUGGUUGAAAUCGACGGCCCAGAUGCUGCAUUCGGGCCGGGGGAUAAGAGCAGGGGCAAAAACGCGAAGCAGGUCAAAUGGGUUUUGCUUCUGAAAGCUCACCGCGCCGUCGGCUGCGUGGCCUGGCUCGCCGGUCUCUUCUGGGCAUUGCUUGGAACCAUAAAGAAGCGCCUCUUCUUCAGGGAAGGAGUCACGGUGGCAACUGAGAAGCUCGGGAAAGGGAAGUUGGUGCUUCGAGUUAUCAGGGUUUUCUUAGUCACUUCGCUUGUGAUUUUGGGGUUUGAAGUUGCUGCGUACCUGAAAGGCUGGCAUUAUAUCGAGGCUUCUGCUGCUGCAGAAUAUCUUCAUCGGAUUCCAAUGGCUGCUCCCAAUUUGCUUCACAUGUUCUAUGUUGCGUGGCUCAAUUUUCGUGCUGAUUACAUCGCUCCCACCAUUAUGGGUCUCUCCAAUUUCUGCGUGGCUCUGUUCCUUGUGCAGUCUGUGGACCGUCUGGUGCUCUGUUUAGGUUGUUUGUGGAUUAAGUUUAGGGGCAUUAAGCCGGAGAUUCGAGGAGGAGAUCCCUUCAAGUCUCCAGAUAUUGAGGCCUUGGAUUAUAAAUGCCCCAUGGUUCUUGUUCAAAUUCCAAUGUGUAACGAGAGAGAGGUGUAUGAUCAGUCAAUCUCUGCAGUUUGCCAGCUCGAUUGGCCGAAAGACAGGAUCUUGAUCCAAGUUCUCGAUGAUUCAAGUGAUGAGGAAAUCCAGUGGUUAAUUAGAGGCGAGGUUGAUAAAUGGAGACAAAAGGGGGUCAACAUUAUCUAUAGGCAUAGGUUGCUUAGAACUGGUUACAAGGCUGGGAACCUCAAUUCAGCAAUGGGCUGUGAUUAUGUUAAGGAUUAUGAGUUUGUUGCAAUUUUCGAUGCUGACUUCCAGCCUAAUCCCGACUUCCUCAAGCUGACUGUGCCACAUUUUAAGGACAAUCCUGAACUGGGGCUGGUUCAGGCGAGAUGGUCAUUUGUGAACAAGGAUGAAAAUUUGCUGACUCGUUUACAGAACAUCAAUCUGUGUUUCCACUUCGAGGUUGAACAGCAAGUUAAUGGUGUCUUCAUGAAUUUCUUUGGCUUUAAUGGAACUGCUGGGGUUUGGAGAAUCAAGGCCCUCGAGGAAUCAGGUGGAUGGCUCGAGAGAACAACCGUCGAGGACAUGGACAUUGCUGUUCGCGCUCAUCUCAAUGGCUGGAAAUUCAUCUUCCUGAAUGAUGUCAAGGUUCUCUGUGAACUUCCUGAGUCCUAUGAAGCAUAUAGAAAACAGCAGCAUCGCUGGCAUUCCGGCCCAAUGCAGCUUUUCCGCUUGUGUCUUCCUGCAAUAAUAACAUCCAAGAUAGCAUUAUGGAAGAAGGCAAACUUGAUAUUCCUUUUCUUCCUACUGAGAAAACUAAUCCUGCCAUUCUAUUCCUUCACACUGUUCUGCAUAAUCCUCCCACUGACCAUGUUCGUCCCAGAAGCCGAACUUCCACUGUGGGUCAUCUGCUAUGUCCCCAUCGUAAUGUCGUUCAUGAACAUCGUUCCAGCUCCCAAAUCUUUCCCUUUCAUCGUCCCUUACCUUCUCUUUGAAAACACAAUGUCUGUCACCAAGUUCAACGCGAUGGUCUCUGGACUGUUCCAGUUGGGAAGCUCUUAUGAAUGGGUUGUUACAAAGAAGGCCGGCAGAUCAUCAGAAUCAGACCUACUGGCUGCCGCGGAGAGGGAAUCGAAGACCUCAACAGUUCAGCCACAGUUACAUAGAGGAUCUUCAGAGAGCGAGAUUGGGCAGUUGAGUUUACUGAAGGAGAAGGCAGAAGCAGCGCUGAAACCGAAAAAGAAAGUGAACAAACUAUACAGGAAGGAGUUGGCUCUGGCAUUCCUACUGCUCACAGCUUCUGUCAGGAGCUUGCUGUCUGCUCAAGGUGUCCAUUUCUACUUCCUUCUCUUCCAAGGUGUGACAUUUCUCUUGGUGGGUUUGGAUCUCAUAGGAGAGCAAAUGAGCUGAGAGAAGCUUUAGAAGGUGCAUGCAUACAAGGCAACCCGUUUUCCCCCUACUCUCUGCAGGUUCAUCACCUUGUUGCUGCUGGCUGCAACAAAAGGAAGUAACUUCCUCUCGUUCCUUUUAACCUGGAUAAAUGUGAAUUUCAGUCUCCCCCACAUUUAGUUCAAGACAGUUUAGGAUUCAUUUGAUUCUUUUUCCCCUCUCCACCGAUUUCCUCGUAUGAACACUACACCUUUCUUUUUAGUUUUCUGUUGUUGUUGUUGUUGUUGGCUGCCACAGACAGAGUGGUGGUUCUAGUGAAGUUCAGAUUCAAGUAAAAAGAUUUGGUGGGGAGCUGGAAAGACCAGGAAGAAACUGUUGAAAGGAGUGAGGUCCAAAGUUAUGAGAUUGCUUUCCUUUAUUCCUCUAAUGUUGAGGGAGAUGAUACAAAACUUCCUUAGAUAGCACUUUGUGAUGUAAAUUCGAAAUUCUUCAACAUCUUUGUUUGGUUAAAUUACUUCAUAUAAUAUCAAAUUAGUCGUAUACAUCUCUCAUCUCUCUUUAUCUGUAUUAUCUCUGUGUAUGCUCUUUCAUUUCCUCCGUAACAACCAUGGCAAACCAUGAAUGUGAUUUGAUUUUCUUAAUGCACUCCCAACUUCCCCAUCAUUUCCUCGUGAGGAACACAUGGGCAACUCCAUGGAUAUGAUUAGACACUUGCAGAAACAAGUCAGCUUCAUGGAUUUAAGAGCAGCUUAAAGAAACAGAACGUGGGAGGAGAAAAAGAAAGGGCACAGAGGGAAGGGAAGUGAAGUGUCGGCAGUAACAGCUGGGGAAGAAGGGUUCUGAGGUUGGAGCUGAUGCAGUAAUCACUGAGCAAUUGAUUGAAAGUUCUUUUUUUUUCUUCUCUCCAUUGGUUGUGGAGAGAAGGAGACAGCAGAUCUUUUGUGGGCAUAUGAUGAUUCUCUUAUGGUUUUAUAUGUGGAGGUGGGUCGAUGGCUCAUAAGUAAGAAACAUCACACACAGCGGAACACAACUUCCCCCGAUCCACUUAAUUACUGCUCCAGUUCUGUUUUUUGUUUUGGCUUAUGGGCAGGCAAAGCGAAGCAUGAGUCUUUGUCUGAACUUGACAUUCUACCGGUUUUCCAACAUGUCUUCUUCUCAUGCUUCUGCUCUGUUUGUUGUUAUUGCUGCCAAUUUAACUUGGUUUUCCACGUUGAUUGAAGGAAGAACAGAUGAGGAUCUCCCUUGUGCCUGUUUAUGGAAUCAACCAAAAGGAUCUCCCUCAAGAGGACCAACGGAGAUCAAUUCGGUGAAGACUCAUCGUGAUGAUAAUUAAGGUACAAUCGGAGUUUGCUUCUUUCCAGAAUGGAGAGCAUAGAAGGUGUAUGCAAGUAAUGAGAGGAGUUUUCAAUAUUGUUCGAGCUACGACGAUAUCGGAAGGAAGUAUAUCACAUGAUCUCGUUGUUAGAUCGACAAUAGUUCGGACCUGGUAAAGGUUGUCGCAGCACCUGUAGCAGGACGGAGGACUUAUCGCUAAUGAAAGCUUGGCGGGGGUCACAUAAUGGUAUUGCAGAGAAGUUGAGUUAUCAAUCAGAGUGUGAGUUAAGUUGAAUCAUGUUAGGAUUUGAUUAUAUUGUAGGUCUGAUCAAGAUCCUUGAUGGUCAAUUAUGUUGUAUGGAUCUUGAGUCAUUGACACUCUGAUCAACUCGAGUUGCAGAGGGGUUGAGUCGGCACGUUGAUCACAGAUGGACGUGCUCGAUCGAAUCUCUUCACUCUAAAUUUAGACGAUCUAGAUCUAGUUGAUGAACUCGUAACACAAAUAAAAAAGAGUGAAUAAA